CAGUAACCAACAAACAGGGAAAUCACCAGAAGAAUAUCCAGUCCUGUUACCGCAUACCUAUGUUUACUUGGGGGGGAAGGGGUAAAUAGUCUAAUGAUUAUUGUUUAGCUCAUUUAGGAGUACAUUUCAUUUUUCACUCUUGGGACAUGUGGUGUUUGCCUUUUGUUGUUACCCUGCGAACUUGACUAAAAUGGACGCAGUGAUGGAGUCAUUGGGAGAGUUCCGUUGUCGGGAGUGUAGUAUGGCAUUCCGCUCCCUUGGCCUUCUGGAGAAACAUAAAGCAUUAUUCUGUAUCGGGAGCAGCAUUGGAGACCCUAUGGUGCUGAGACAAGAGCAGCCUGAGCGAAAGGGACUCUAUCCAAAGCCGGCACGCACCCCUGAUCUUAUAAGGCUGAGAGAGCAGCGGGGUACGCACCUACAGAAUAUGCAGGGGAGGACCAAUGACACAGAACGGAGAGCUGGGAAAGAAGAUAACCUACAGGGCAGUGUGUCAGAGAGCCUAGCAUUGAGGAACCUUACUAAUGAGUUUCACAAGCUGAGGAUGUCGAUUGAGGGGAGUAUGCCCAACCUGCCGAAAUGGCCUACUGAGACCGAAGGUCUGGAGGACCAGGUCCAGGUGUUGGGGAGAAAGUGUGCUCACAGGGAGAGGCUGAGAGAGAUGGCAGAGCAGCACAACCAGGAGCUGGCAGAGAUACAGACCCACAACCACCUCCUGGAGCAACAGAGAGAGGACAUUGCAUGGCAGCUUGGGGCCCUGGCAGGGCAGGGCAGCACGGCCCACCUGGAGACCUUGCUGCUGGAGCUGAGGGAUCGGGAGGAGAGAAACGAAGAGGCUCUACAGCAGCUCAAAGACCACAUCACUACCCUGCAGCCUGGGGUCAAAGAGGUCACGUUUGACUCACCCAACCCUGACCACAGGAAGGGACAUAAUGCCAACUUUGACCUAAUAUCCUCUGUGGAUGGACCCCUCUCCACCCAAAUAAGAGCUCUGAGGCUGGACUACAUGCAGUCAGGUGGUUCUGAUCCGGCUGUCCUGGCCCAGAUGCAUGACAUGCAGGCAGAGGCCCACACUCUGGAGCAACAGGCCCAAUCUGGGGCUGACAACAAUGGCAGGAGGAAGAGGACGAAGCCUCCUCAGCAGGCUGGGAACUCAGAGGUGCUGGCUGUGGAGCAAGAGAACCAGAGACUGGAGGAAGAGAUCUUCAGAAUCCAGUUGGCCAGAGACAAACACCGUCGGGAAGACGUUACAGUGGGGUCUGAGCUCCAUCAGAUCCAAAGAGAACACACCCACUACAUGGCCAGCAUUCAGGCUGAGCUUGAGAGCCUUCGCAGGGAAGUAGAGCGAGCCAGAGAGGGCCCUAGGGACAGGAGGCUGCCCCCACCCCCUCCAUUCCCUGCCCCACCAGCCAUGCAUCCCCUUGCCCAGAUAUAUGCCCCUCCAGCCCUGACCCAUCCCAGGCCCCAUUCCGCGCUCAAGGAAAGGCAUGUACUCAACUCCCUUGGGCCUGCGCCCUAUGACCCUGCGGCUGGUUUUGCUGUCUUUUAUGACUUGAUGCUUGGGGUAGAUGCCACGCUGAGGGUUCUGCGUCCGGUGGCUGGUCUCUACUCUGGAGGCCAGGAGGUGGGGCGGCCUACCCCAUUGCCCGCUACACAGUGCCAGCCUGGAGGGGGCCAGCCCUACAGUCAAACUGUGCCCCCUGGGAACUAUGCCCUCCUGGCAGUCAAACAGCCUAUGCCCAGGAUGCAGCCGUCUCCCUCCCUGUCUCUGGUGGUUGAGCUUCAAGCUGCCGGAGGUCUGGACGCCUACAGUCAGGAGGUCCAGAGGCUGGUGUCCCGGGGCUGGGCACGGCUGGAGCUCUUCGACCAGCACAAUCAGGUCCAGAGCGGAUACUGGAGAGUGCCAGUACGUGCCCUCCCCAUCCGACCAUCCCUCAGUCCAGUCCAGCUCAACUCAGUCCCCCAGGUGGGCAACAUGGAGCUGUGUUUACGGGUGGUCAAUGCUCGGGACCGGGAUGUGCAGUCGCUCGCCAAGAUUGACCCAAGCAACACCAGCCACUAUAAGUACCCCUCCAUGGUGUCCAAUAUCCCUGCAACUCUUCAAGGAAAUAGACCCCUUUCCUUGUCAACGUUACAGCCCUCCGCAGCCAAUAACCUUUUUUCUCUCCUUCCCUACACUGAUCACGAAGACCCUCCCCCCAUGGAGGACCCCAAUCAGAGGUGAUUGAUGACACUGAUGAUUUUAGUGCAUGGAAAUAAGUAAAAUAAUCACUGUGAUUAUUUAGGAGAGAGAGAGGUGUACCUGUUACUUCAUUUGACCUUUUCCAUUGAUUGUUGUAAGUUGUCUGGAUGUGUUGUUCAUUUACAAUGAGCAAAUAAAGACAAAAACCCAUG